AUGCCCUUUUCACGACCUGCCAUGAAUCAUGUAUGUGACCGAACGAGUGGUCUGAUUGUGUCGAUGGAUUUUGGUGCCUAUGGAGAUCUCGGUGAUCGACCAGUCUCAGGAGGACAUAUCGAACGAAUGAAUCAUUCAACGAGGUGCCCUGCGGCUGCUAUUUUCAAUGGUCCCGCCAAGGUUGAUUUUGUUGCCGUCACCAACAGUGAAGUCUUUACUGGUGUCAAAUCUGGAAGGAUCGACGUUGCUGCCGGUAGAACUCGCACGCUGGAACGAGAAAUCAAGCAUUCCAGCAGUGGAGGAUUUGCCUUUGACUUUUCCCCGCCGUACUUUUACGAUGGCAUGAUAGUAGCGGGAUACGAGCCACAUGGUCGAUGUGCUGCCAACUUGUUCUUUGAUGAAACCUGUGCCGACACGUUGAUUUGUGUUCCCGAACUGACGACUUGGCUCGAUGCGGUUGCAGCCAUGAGUUCGCUGCAGGAUUACUUUGUGGGAACCGAACAGCAUACGAAGGAACCUUUGAGUUUGAUGCAUCGGUCCGAUGACCAACAGUUUUCCGAUUUGAUCCGCUGGAUCAUUUACGGUUUGUUCAAUGCAGAAGAGAAGGGCAUUGCCAAGGAUACCUCGAUUGAGAUGCCCACCACGAACUUGUUUGGAAGUGAGCUAACUGGCAUCUGGCAGAAUUCCGUACGAGAAAGUGGCAAUUAUGGCGAAAUGUUUUCUCGAAACUUGGAUGGACUCGUCGUCCGCGAUGGUCUGAAUCUGCUGAAUCGUUUGGAUGGGCCUCAGCUAUGUGCUUCUCCGGGAACGGCACCAUCAUUCAAAUGA